AACACACGUUGAGCAUGGAGCAUUCAGAGCAGAACCAAACCUCAGAAAACGGCACAUUAAAAGCUGAAGAUGUUUUAAAGGACUUCCAGGUGUCGUUUUUCGCCAUGAGCCGCCUGCCGUCGUUUCCCUGGACUUUUGUACAAAAAGACCUCCAGAGCAACAAGUCAUCAGAAUUUAUUUCAGAGAUCCUGAAGCAGACUUGUCUUCACCCGCUGUGCCGGAAGUUUCCACCAUCGGUCAGAUUCAGGAGGCUGUUUCUGUUGGAGCUCAUCAAACUGCAGGAGGCAGCAGACUGUGAUCCUCUGGAUGAGCUGUACGAUGCUUUGGGUGAAGUUAUCGGAGCCGAGGAGACCAGCGAGAGCUACAAGAGUUACUUACUGCCUGGUGGUGGCGCUGUCAGCCUGCUUGAGAACGUGGCUCUGAUCUCAGAGGGAACCACCGGCCUGGUGACCUGGGAGGCAGCUCUGUACCUGGCAGAGUGGGCUCUGGACCACCAGCAGCACUUCAUCGGGAGGACGGUUCUGGAGCUGGGCAGUGGUGUCGGUCUGACUGGUAUCACCGUGUGUCACUGCUGCAGCCCGAACAGGUUUGUGUUCAGCGACUGUCACUCCACAGUCCUGCAGAAACUCCGAGACAACGUCCGACUGAACGGACUGAGUGACAGAACGACUCCGGAGGUCGACGUGGUGCAGCUGGACUGGACGACAGCGACGGAGGAACAGCUGAGACAGAUUGGAGCCGACACAGUCAUCGCUGCAGAUGUGGUGUAUGACCCAGACGUGGCAGUUAGUUUGGUGAAGCUUCUGUCUACCAUCUUGAAGUGUUCGUCUCCUGAAAUCCUCAUCUGCUCCACCAUCAGAAACCCAGAAACCUACAGCGGAUUUAAACUGCAGCUCGAAAAAGCGGGGAUCAGCCACCAGGUGAUGACGGACGCGGUCCGACAGGUGUUUCCCUACAACAGACUCUCUGCCAUCGAGCUGAUCAGAUUAUACAGGUGACUUUAGUACAAUAAAGGUUUUAUUUACAAUUGUA